UCCAGCCGGCUUCAAGUGAAACACGUUGCUGGGGAAAAAAACAGUUUUUACUCCCAAAUAUUUGUUUCCAAUCAGCUCCUAUAUUUAAUUUUUACCGAAGGCAGGUUAGGGGAGCCGAAGAGGGCUCCGUAGGCGCUAGCGUCCGUCAUUCCAGCCCUCCAACAUGGCGGAUAAGAACACCAGGAUCGCCAUCGUCAACCACGACAAGUGCAAACCUAAAAAAUGCCGUCAGGAGUGCAAGAAGAGCUGCCCGGUGGUCCGCAUGGGGAAGCUGUGCAUCGAGGUGACUCCUCAGAGUAAGAUCGUCUGGAUCUCAGAGUCGCUGUGCAUAGGCUGCGGCAUCUGCAUCAAGAAAUGUCCGUUCGGAGCGUUGUCCAUCGUCAACCUUCCCAGCAACCUGGAGAAAGAAACGACUCACAGAUACUGUGCCAACUCCUUCAAACUGCACAGGCUGCCUAUUCCCAGACCCGGAGAGGUUCUGGGGCUGGUGGGGACCAACGGUAUCGGGAAGUCCACGGCCCUGAAGAUCCUGGCUGGGAAACAGAAACCCAACCUGGGGAAGUUUGAUAACCCUCCAGACUGGCAGGAGAUCCUGACCUACUUCCGAGGUUCUGAGCUGCAGAACUACUUCACUAAAAUCCUGGAGGACGACCUGAGGGCCAUCGUCAAGCCGCAGUACGUCGACCAGAUCCCAAAAACCGUCAAGGGGUCAGUAGGGGCCAUCCUGAGCAGGAAAGACGACACAGACACUCAGGACAUCAUCUGCGACCAACUAGAUCUGAGUCACCUGCGGGAGAGGAACGUGGAGGAUCUGUCCGGAGGAGAGCUGCAGCGGUUCGCCUGCGCCGUGGUCUGCAUCCAGAAGGCCGACAUCUUCAUGUUCGACGAGCCGUCCAGCUACCUGGACGUGAAGCAGCGGCUGAAGGCGGCCAUCACCAUCCGCUCGCUCAUCACCCCCGACAGGUACAUCAUCGUGGUGGAGCACGACCUGAGCGUGUUGGACUACCUGUCGGACUUCAUCUGCUGCCUGUACGGCGUCCCCAGCGCCUACGGAGUUGUCACCAUGCCCUUCAGCGUCCGGGAAGGUAUCAACAUCUUCCUGGACGGUUACGUUCCCACGGAGAAUCUCAGGUUUCGGGAAACAUCAUUGGUCUUCAAAGUGGCAGAAACGGCCAAUGAGGAGGAGGUGAAGCGGCUCCGGCAUUACCAGUACCCAGACAUGGCGAAGACGAUGGGCGAGUUCAUUCUGGACAUCAAAGGAGGAGAGUUCACCGACUCUGAGAUCAUGGUGAUGCUGGGAGAGAACGGCACAGGGAAGACGACCUUCAUCAGGAUGUUGGCUGGAGGACUCAAGCCUGACGGAGGAGGGGAAGUUCCCAUCCUGAACGUGAGCUACAAGCCUCAGACCAUCAGCCCCAAGUUCAAGGGAAGCGUCAGAGCUCUGCUCCACGAGAAAAUCAGAGACGCUUACACGCACCCGCAGUUCAUCACCGACGUCAUGAAGCCGAUGCAGAUCGAGAGCAUCAUCGACCAGGACGUGCAGAACCUGUCUGGCGGUGAGCUGCAGAGAGUCGCCCUCACGCUGUGUUUGGGCAAACCGGCCGACGUUUACCUGAUCGACGAGCCGUCUGCGUACCUGGACUCUGAGCAGAGGUUGAUGGCUGCCAGGGUCAUCAAGAGGUACAUCCUUCACGCCAAGAAGACGGCGUUUGUGGUGGAACACGACUUCAUCAUGGCGACGUAUUUGGCCGACAGAGUCAUCGUUUUCGACGGUAUUCCCUCCAAGAAGACCUCAGCGAACACGCCUCAGAGUCUUCUGGCCGGGAUGAACCGCUUCCUGUCGCUGCUGGAGAUCACGUUCAGGAGAGACCCCAACAACUUCAGGCCGAGGAUCAACAAGCUCAACUCCAUCAAGGACACGGAGCAGAAGAAGAGCGGGAACUAUUUCUUCCUGGAUGACUAAAGCCGCCGUCCGGCGUGACCGACUGCGACCUCCCGGCAACGCGGCGCCUCCACACGGCCGCGUUUCACCCAAACGUGAUAAAUAAACAAAACAAAACGCAUCAGCCUUUCUGUACAGAGCUGCGUUCAGUAUCCAGCCAUGUUGUGACGCGUCAGACGAAGAAGUGCUGCGUGGCGUCGGCCCGACCGUGUGGGCGGAGCUAACCCGGCAGCGGCGCUGUGGAACAUUCAGCAGCGAAUUUUAUCACUCAUGCAUUUACAAGUCAUAAUAAACAGACGCUUCCUGACCUGGAAA